CAGUGUUCAGCCCCAGAGACAGCAAAAGAGGGCACACAGACAUAUCUCUGUUGGAAGAGGACAGAUACAGAAGACAGGAAGCACGACUGCUCCAGAAGGACACAGAAAGAAAAAUCAUGGCCGCUAUUGUUGCCCCAGUGAUCUUCAUGCUUUUGAUGAUGGUCCAGAGAUGCCAGGCUGCUGUCCAGGUCCAGGUUGAUGGAAUGACAUUCCCACUGGAGUCUGUGAAGAGGCUGCAGGAGCUCUUAGGAACGGACGCAGCAUCAGCUCACCCCCGCAUGAGAAGCCAUCUCACCUUCUUUACUGCCUGUGCAAACCCGGACCUGCCAAAGGAAUUCCAGCCUGUGUGUGAAAGGAAAGACGCCCCCCUCGUUUUCAAGAGGCUCGAUCUUACUGUGCGAGACGAUCCGUGUGAAUUGUGUGCCAAUAUUGCCUGCAGUGGCUGUUAGCAACAAUGGAGGAUGCACUUGAUGGAUGGAUCCUUUGGCACAAACCACAGCAAGCUCAGAUCGCUGAUCGUCUCUGUGUCUUGUUCUCUCCUUCUUACUGGGUCAAGGAGUCAUUCUUUUCCACUGUGCUACCCUGAAACUUCAGGUCAAUUCUUCAGACGCAGCAGUUCUAGACAAGCCACUCAGAGCUACUCUGGAGAAGAAACAGCUAGAAAACUGGGUCCAGUAUGAUUUUAGGUAAUUUUAGGCCCUGGGCUUAGGCCAUUUCAGGUGCGAAACACACAACUAGCUUUUCUCUUCCCCUCUCCUGCCAUGGUUCCAUGUUUUGACAAGUGCUUCUAGAUGCCUGAAAAUGAGCAUCUGUAACCAUGCAGGUGCCUGGAAGGAUGUUCCCUGAUUAUAGAUUGCAGCUCAAAAAUAAGAAGAAAGAAAGGUGCUGCAGCUGUUUGCUAGGGCUGCGCACACCGCAGAAUCAUAGAAUAGUAGACUUGGAAGAUGCCUACAAGGCCAUCAGGUCCAAACCCCUGCUAAGUACAGGAAUCCACCUUAAAGCCAGUGUAGUGUAGUGGCUAAAGUGUUGGACUGGUAGCUGGGAGAUCCCGGUUCUAGUCCCCACUCGGCCAUGGAAGCCCACUGGGUGACUUUGGGCCAGUCACAGACUCUCAGCCCAACCUACCUCACAGGGUUGUUGUUGUUGUGGCGAU